UCUCUCUCAGAAAAAUAGUUUCAUCUCAUUCUUCACUUCUCAACCAUGGAGUUCAUGUACAAUAUUCUCCUUUAUUCUCUCUUCUUACUUUCCUUCUAUACCAUCUCCGUCUCUUCUCACCUUUUCUCUCCCAUCGAUAACUACCUCAUCAAUUGCGGCUCCACCGCCGCCGCCACCCUCGUCGAUAACCGCCCAUUCGCCGGCGACAUCGCCGGAAAACACUUGUCCUCCCGCGCCGUUUCGAUCCGAAACGAAAACCCCUUUCCUGGAUUGCCCCCAAUCUACGGCACCGCUAGGGUUUUCACUAGCCCUUUCAGGUACGCGUUCCCCAUCAGAGACAGAGGGACCCACAUGGUGCGCCUUCACUUCCACGCCUUCGAUUCCUCGAAACUCGAUCUGGGUCGCGCUCAAUUUCACGUCUUGGUUGAUGGGCAUGUCGUUUUGAGCAAUUUCAGCCGUUUGAUGAGUGGUGCUGAAAGAAACCCUAGGAUCCUGGAGUAUCUGAUCUGGGUCGAUGCUGAAAAGCUCGUGAUUGUGUUUGUGCCUGGUAAAGAUUCGAAAUUGGCGUUUGUGAAUGCCAUUGAGGUGAUUUCUGCACCCAAAGACCUUGUCCCUGACACUGCACAGUUUGUGAGUUCUGAGAACGUAGAGAGUUUUGAUGGUUUAAGCAAGCAAGCUCUUGAAGUUGUUUAUAGGGUCACUGUUGGGGGUCCUAAAGUUACCCCUUUUAAUGAUUCAUUGUGGAGGACUUGGGUUCCUGAUGAUGAGUUCUUCAGAUCAAGUGUUGGGAUUGAAAAACUUUACUUUGGUGGUAGGAUCAAGUAUCACAGUGGAGGGGCUAGUCGUGAGGUUGGGCCUGAUAAUGUGUAUAAUAGUGCACGGUUGAUCAGAAGUAAGAAUGAUUCUGUUCCUAAUGUUAAUAUGACUUGGGUGUUUCCUAUCAUUGGGGGAUAUAAAUACCUGGUUCGAUUGCAUUUCUGUGAUAUUGCUAGUAUUUCGCUUGGUUUGUUAUAUUUCAAUGUUUAUGUUAAUGGGUAUUUAGCAUAUAAAGAUUUGGAUCUCUCUUAUAUUACAAAUUCACUGGCUUCGCCGUUUUAUGCCGACUUUGUGGUUGAUGGAAACAGCAGUGUAGGGGCAUUGACUGUUACUGUAGGUCCUUCAAAGAGCAGCAUUCCUCAUGUCAUUGAUGGUAUAUUGAAUGGAGUUGAGGUUAUGAAGUUGAACAAUUCUCACAAUAGUCUUGAUGGAGAAGUUUGUGCUGAUUUUGUUCUGAAGAGCUGGUCAAGGGGGAGUACAGGUGUUUUGCUUACUUUGGUGGCUGCUGUGUGCAUUGUGUUAAGCUUAUCCAUAGUGAUUCGUAGGAGGAUGAUUGGGUCACGGGAAUCUUUAUCGUGGUCAAGGUUGCCUGUGAAUUUAUCGGAGGAUAAUGUUAAGAUUGGCAAUAUUUAGUUUUAUCAAAAGCAAAGAAAGAAAGAUUGGCAAUAUUUAGUCAGCAAGGAAAUAAGUUGUGUGUAAACUAUGAGGUAAUAUAGCCAUCUAGGUGGCUUUCAUAAGAAAAGAGAAGAAAUAUGAAGGAACAUACUGCGGAUCAAGCUAGAAAGGAUGGCAGAGUUUCAAAGCCUGACGAAAUACCAACUUUUUAAGGGAUUGUUGUAUUGUAUUUAAGUUGCCUUACUUGUUUAUAUCAUAAUAGUAAGUAUUAAGGGAUACCUUUUUACUCUUCUUUGCUUUUUUAUCAUUGUUCAUUUUGCUUUGUUUUGUAAUGUUGUAGCUUUCAUGAUAGUAACUGUUUGAACAUCUGAAAAUAUUUAUGUAACUUUCAUAUGGAGUGUUAAAUGUUAAUAUAAACUGAUAUCCAAAAUUAUCUGUUUUGGAUUUCUUG